AUGAAUUAUGACCAAUUGAAUACUAUUAAUUCAUCAUUGGUUGAUUUCCACAGAAAUAUGGCUGACGCUAUCACUCUCGCGCGGGAACGCCUUGCGGCCAAGUUUGGUGAUGUGCGCACGGGUGGAAAAGGCACGGUGCGCCGAAAGCGCAAAGCUAUCCACAAGACUGCGUCGGUCGACGAUAAGAAGCUCGGUGGAGUUUUGAAGAAGCUAGGAUUGACACCAAUCCCUGGUGUCGAGGAAGUGAAUUUCUUCAAGGCAGACGGUCAAGUCAUUCACUUUCUAGCCCCCAAGGUGCAGGCCUCGAUUUCCUCUAACACGUUUGCCGUGUCGGGUUUCAACCAGACGAAGUCACUGCAGGAGCUUCUGCCGGGAAUUAUCAAUCAAUUGGGUCCGGACAAUCUUGCAAACCUUAAGCAGAUUGCAGAGUCAUACACGGCGGCUCAGAAGGCUGCGAAGGCUGCUUCGGCUUCCGUUGCAGACGACGAUGAUGACGACGUCCCGGACCUUGUGGACAACUUCGAGGACGUUAGCCAGCAAGAUUAA